UUGUCAAUCGUUGCACGAAGCAGCUGGGUUUCGAAACCUCUAAUAAGAAAAAGAAUCUGAAAAUGUAUCAAGUUCAACUCUCAGCUUGCACUUCAAUUCGUCCCUCCGUGAUGCUUAAGCCAAGGAUGGUUCAGCAGAGUCGGGAGGUUGUCCAGAAGGAGCAGAGGAGAGUUGAUCAUCGCACGAGAGUUCCUCGUAAUGAGAAUUUAGAGAAGCUUAGGAAUGGAUAUCUGUUUCCUGAGAUUGCUAUGCGUGAAGCUGAACACUUGCAAAAGUACCCCAAUUUUAAGUUGAUAAACCUUGGGAUUGGUGAUACCACUGAACCCAUCCCGGACAUCAUCACAUCCAGCAUGGUUGAGCAAGCACAAGCUCUGUCAACACUUGAAGGCUAUAGAGGGUAUGGACCUGAGCAUGGCAACAAGGCAUUAAGGAAGGCAAUUGCAGAUGUAGUCUACAAAGGUCUAAAGGUGAAGGACACUGAGGUUUUUGUAUCAGAUGGUGCACAAUGCGACAUUUCUCGCCUUCAGUUGCUUCUAGGAUCAAAUGUAACAAUUGCCGUGCAGGAUCCCUCAUUUCCGGCAUACAUAUAUUCGGGUGUUAUAAUAGGUCAAGCUGGUGAAUUUCAAGAGGAAACAGGGAAGUACUGGAAUAUUGAGUAUAUGAAGUGUGGGCCUCAAAAUAACCUGUUUCCAAACCUGUUGACAACUUCAAGAACUGAUGUUAUUUUCUUCUGCUCUCCAAACAACCCAACUGGUCAUGCUGCAUCAAGAAAUCAACUAGAGCAACUAGUGGAGUUCGCAAGAAAAAAUGGGUCAAUUAUUAUUUAUGACUCUGCCUAUGCUGCUUAUAUCUCGGACGACAACAGCCCAAGGUCUAUCUUUGAAAUUCCUGGAGCAAGAGAGGUUGCAAUUGAGGUUUCUUCUUUCUCAAAGUUUGCUGGUUUCACUGGUGUCCGUCUUGGUUGGACAGUGGUCCCUGAAGAGUUGCUAUUUGCAAAUGGCUUUCCUGUCAUAAAAGACUUCAAUCGCAUUGUCUACACCUGCUUUAAUGGGGCAUCAAGUAUUGCUCAAGCAGGGGGACUUGCUUGCUUAUCCCCAGAAGGUCUAAUGGCCAUACGCCAGGUAAUUGACUACUACAAGGAGAAUGCCAAAAUACUAAUUGAUACAUUUGAAUUGCUCGGCCUCAAGGCAUAUGGAGGAAAGAAUGCUCCUUAUAUUUGGGUUCAUUUUCCGGGUUCAAGAUCUUGGGAUGUAUUUGAUGAGAUUCUUGAGAAGACACACGUAGUCACAGUUCCAGGUAGGGGAUUCGGCCCUGGUGGUGAAGAGUACGUCAGAGUUAGUGCAUUUGGUCACAGAGAAAUCAUCCUGGAAGCUUCAAAGAGGCUGAAAAAUCUGUAUAGAUAAAUAAACCUAUUUCACACUUCCAACUUCUGCUCAAAUGAAUACUGAUAUAAACCACUCAGUUUUUAGUCUGAAGUUCUCCUUACAGAGUUUUUCUUUUUUGUUUCAGAGAGUAAAGUUUGAUUGUUUUUCAAAUAUUGUAAUAUAAAAUGAGAGGAAUGAU